CGCCAUUGGCGCCUUCGGUGGCCUCAUGGAUUCCAAUAUCUUCCAUUGCUACAUACUACUCGCGGUCAUUCCUUGGUUUCAUUGGAUUCUGCGGAAGUUUGACGACGGAUACUUUCUUGAAAGACCGUGCACGAAACUUGCAGCGUGCCACGGUGAAGCUUUCGGGGGUUUGGUUAGGCCCAUCCCAAUCCUGAAUGGACAGAUCGUGUACAUCUUUACGCACAUAACAUUCCACGCCGUCAUCCGUGUAAUUGCAGCAGUAGCCCAAUUGUACCUAAUGUCCAGCCUUCGCAGCAUCGUCCCUGAAUUGAAGAAGGACCCAGCGUACGAAUUGCGUACUGACAAUCGUCGUCUUGUCACCGUUGUCGACCUCAGCUUCUAUCUAACUGUGCCACAGUGUGCGAUUUCUCUUCUUAUUGUCUUCCUCCCGUUUAUUAAAGGGAUUUGCUGGAACGUAUUGCGAGGGAACAUCCAGGAGCCCAGUCGUCCGUUUAGCGAACAGCUGGUCCGGGCAGUGAAGCAGGCGCAGAUCGACAUGACAUGGAUGAGGCAUUGUUGUCACUCAACUUGUGAAAUGUGGUACCAAAAUGCAAGGGAAUCGCUAAGUAGAGGUAACAUCUGUGGACUUGAAGGAUACUGGUUUUAUGACGUUAAGACACUGUUAGAUAUCGUGGGAAAUACGCUCUUUGUGGUGGACAACUCCUACUCGGGAAGUGUAGAAUACGGGCACGCUGAGGCGCUCUCGUCUCUUCGCGAGCUCUCCAUCAACAAGAAUGCGUGGGGCCGUACCAGCAUCUUUUGCUGUAGAUUAGACAAGUUCAUGCUGGAUCUUCCGCAAACCAACCGCUGUAAGCAUGAUGUAGAUGCCGGGAGAGAUUUUGCGUAUAACAACGGAUAUGGGAAGAUGCUGGGGUUGCUACGUAACUGCCCCCCAACGAACCGCUCUGUCCAGUACGCUGCAUCAAUCCUGGCGGGAUUCGCGUCUGGUCUCUCCGUCCUUCCUUGGCAGCCUGUUGGAUCUGGCCGCAACGAUGGGAAUCAGACUCUGAACAUGCUGCGCGAUUCUGACUUCGCUAACCACAUCGUUUCCCCCCUGCUUGAAAAGCUGAUAACCCUACUGACGAGAGCUUAUCAUCCUCUGCAGGCGGCAGAGGCAAUCUCUUCCUUCGCGCAUGCGGCGAGCGAAAUUCACGCGUAUGCACUCUCCCUUGUGGCAACCCAGGAGGAGAUGCAGCGCUUCAUCUUCUCCGAAAGGUUCAGCAAUGCUUUCACAACCCAUCAUCCCACUGGUUGGCUUCUUCGGACUGAAUUGCCUGAUUUCCAGCGGGCGAACAGAUCGUGGGUCCCCGGAGUUCGUUCUGUCUUAGAGAGACAUGAGAACAUCGACAUUCUUCUCCGCUACGCCGACUGGAGGAGUGAGGAGACCCAACACAUUCUUAGCCGCUACACUGACGGGAACGACGACGACACAGUCUACUAUUUGCCUUUCACAUGCAUACAGACGCUUUCCUCUCUCUGGUCCAGAAGGAUUCUAUACUGGCACCGUUUCGAAAAGCCGUAUCCAGCCAGUUUCCCUGAACCUUUGGCUACUAUAAGAGAUGACGACAACGACGUUCGGGAGAGACUGAAAGACUGCAUCAGCCAUCUCCCUGAAGACGAUCACCUCGUUAGACACGCCUGCUUUUCGAUGCUGCAUUUGGCAAAGAUCUGCAUAUCUCAAAGCAUCAGGGACAUCGACGUCGAGAUAGGUAGAGGCCUGAUCCGAUGUCUCAAGUACGCCGAGCAAGACCAAGCUAGGCAGCUUAAGUGGUUUGCUUGCGAGACCGCAGAGACGCUGCGCGAUCUUCUCCUUUCCUCCGUUGAUAAACACGACCUCCGCCGGGUUAUCGCCACCGCCGCCGGCGAAUCUCUCUUGUCGAUGCUCACCGACAACCGCUGUAGUGCAUCCGCAGCCGCACUCUUGGCGGACGUACUGACGGUGCCGGACUUCCGGAACGAGUACGGCAUCCUUCCAACGAAUGAGGAGGAUGAGGGACGCUUUUACAACAGCUUAGAGGGGAUCUUAGAACCUGGAGCGCUCCGCCCUGCGACCUGCAUAGACAGUCAGAGCGACUUCGAAAGUUGUUACGGGCGCAUCACCAGUAGCAUGCUGGAGAUGACAAAGUGGUUCGUUUUGCAUUUAUGUCAGUCCUUCGGGAAUGUUGCAUGGUGGCCCACAGUACAGCCGCCAUCGCAAAACGACGCGUCCGACGCAUCUGCGGAGUGGCACCUCGAGUACUUCGAACGACGAGUGAAUGCCGUUCUAGCGGUAAAACACGGAACGAGACUCGUCAAUGCUGUGCUGCCAGUUCAUGCACCCCACGUCGAGCGACGAAGAAACCUGACAGCCAUCCUUAAUCGUGUACUUGAGAUGGUGGGAGAUCACUUUAAUCAAGCCCCGUCGAUGCUGUCUACACAGCUCGGACUGGUGGGGGAGGAACGGGAAUGGUAUGCUGAGAUCCAGAACCAAACGACGGAUGCGCUUCGUCGGCUGACCCAGUAGGACAGUGUUCCCUGAACGGGGCAGAAGCCCAGCGAUGUGGUAGAUCAGGACUGGAAGACCAUUCCGAGGGGCUCAGCUGGUUCCAGGUCGCAAAGCACAGAGA